AUGAGAAAUCGAAAACGAAGAUCUCAAGGUUUUGAGACCCUUCACCAAAAACCUAGCCGCUUUCUUCUUUUCUUCUCAAAGGCCACCAAUGUUGUUGUGAUCGGGGAGGCAGUCCAGAGCACGGUGAUCAACAUAAUUACUCGGAUGAUCGCCGGGAAGCGGUAUGGAUACUACGACAAGGAAUCUUCGGGGCAGGGGAGGCCAAUUGGUCAGGUUCUGAGUGACAUUGUAGUGCUCACCGGUACGCUCGUCCCUUCCGACUCGAUUCCGAUCCUCGGGUGGCUCGGGUUGUUCCAGGGAGCUGUGAAGGACAUGAAACGGGUGAGCAAAGAGAUGGAUGCCAUCAUGGAAACCUGGAUCGACGAGCACAAGGACGAGAGGAAGAAGAAGAAGAACAAAGUCGAUGCAAAUCCCGACCUUAUCCACAUGAUGCUCUCGGAAUUUAAAGACCAACUCUUCCACGGCCACCAGCGAGAGAAUGUCAUCAAGGCCACCAUUCUGUCUGUAGUCGUGGCAGGGACCGACACAACAUGGAUUACAGUGACGUGGAUCCUGUCGAACUUGCUGAACCACAAGUCGGUAUUAAGGCUGGCUCAAGAGGAAAUCGACAAUAAAGUUGGGAAAGAUCGAUGGGCGGACGAGUCCGACAUUCAAAAUCUGACGUAUCUGAGAGCCGUGAUUAAGGAGACCAUGCGGAUGUAUCCGGUGGGUCCACUUUCGGUGCCCCGAAAAGCGUCGGAGGACUUUGUGAUCGGAGGGUCCCGCCGUGUUCCCAAGGGGACCUGGUUCAUGGCCAACUUCUGGAAGCUGCACAGGGAUCCGAGGCUGUGGUCCGAUCCAGACGAGUACAAGCCGGAGAGGUUCCUGAAUGCCGACGCCAACCGGGAGGUGUUCGGGCAGCAGUUCGAGUACCUCCCGUUUGGGUCGGGCAGGCGCGGUUGCCCCGGGAUUAAUUUUGGAAUGCAGAUGACCGAAUUGGUUUUGGCCAGACUGCUCCAAGGGUUUGAUUGGACUACUCCGGGAGAUAAGCCCGUGGACAUGAGUGAAGUGUCCGGGAUCACACUUCCCAAAGCCAUCCCGCUAGAGGUGGUUCUCAACCCACGCCUUUCUCCUCAACUUUACACAAAAUAG